AUGUUUUUUUAUUAUUUAUUAUAUGGAAAUAAUUUAUUUAUAUUAAACAACUUAUAAAGUUAAAAAUAUAUCUAAUAGAAUAAAAAAAUAUUAUAAUUAAUUAAAUAAUAUAACAAAAAGAAGGUUAUUAACUUAAAAAUCAAUCAAUAAUCGUUACCUUUAGCGGAUUGGUAUAUAUCGAGAUUAAUGGAUAACGAAGAUUAUCAUUUCAAAUUUAGAUUUGUUAUUUUAGGAGAUAAGUCAGUAGGCAAAACUUCACUCCUGGAGUCAAUAACAUAAAAUUACGGGAAAAUUAUGGAAUAAGAGCAAAGCGAUGAAUUAAAUAUGAAGACUGUAGGAUACAUGGAUGUUGAUAAGCUUUUCAAAAUAGCUUAUUGGGAAAUACCAGGAUAAUAGCGCAAUUAAGAUUAUUUUUAUAGGUACUGCUUAGGUGCAUCAGCUGCUAUAUAUAUGUUUGAUGUUUCAAGAAGGUAAACAUUUGAAAGAAUAGAAACUUGGAUUUAAGAGAGUGAAAAAUGUGAAAUACCCGUUAGAAUAUUAAUUGGAAAUAAAGUAGAUUUAUAUGCUAAUACAAAAGGCGCUGUUUCAAAGAGUGAAGCUGUGGGAUUGGCAAAAAAAUAUGGAAUGGAAUAUUUUGAAACAUGUUCAAUUGGUGAUACAUCUAUUUCCUUAGUUUAUGAUUACUUAUUUACUACUAUUGUUGAUUCUAUCCCUAACCCUCCUACUCCUCAAUCACUUGUUGGCAAGGGAAUUCUACUUGGUAAAAGACUGCUCAACUCUUCAAAAUAUUAGUUAGCCUUGUGUGAUAUUGCAUCUUUAUAUGAGUGA